ACGUCUACGUAGGUGGGUUGCUAAAUUUAAAAGACCUCGUGCUCUGUGAUAAGUUAAACAACUAAAUUGAUGAUACCAUCAGCGGAAUGUUACUGAGUAAGACUGUCCGGGGAUGUUUCACAAACAAGUUCGAAUAUAUCGAGUUAUAUUAAAGCGACUAACGGCUGUAAACACCAGCUAAGCUCGCGCACAUGCAGAAGGGAGGCAUGGUAUUCGACCACGUGACUCUAGCUGGCUGUGGGUGGAUAGACUCGGAAGUGAUGAUGUUGAGCACAGCUGAUCGUCCUGCAGCUAUUGUUCAAUGCAUAUAUUUUGACAAGCUCCAGAUAGCUACGGUAUUUUUCGGCGCCACUGGCAGGAACUUCUCCCCGGCAAGUUGGGCGUAGGAGGGCGGCUUUGAUAUAAGGGACUGUCGCCGUGCAACAGGUUGUAGAACGUUGCUCCGCGCGUUCGUUAAGGUAUCGUGUUGAAGAAGAUAACCCAACGUCUCUCUUCGUUAAACUCACCGCACGGAACGGCUAUAGACUGAGGAGUUUCGAAAACUGACAGCUUCAACCGUUAGAACAUACAAAAUUUGUUAGAAGAAGAUAAAAAUUCAAGUGUUGGAUUCACUGUGAAAAAUAAAAGCAGGAAUUAUUGGACUGAGUCCUUCACUGUUAAGUUAUCUAUCACUGAAUGUUGAUUGGUGAGAAUAACGUGGGAGAAUAACCAUCUUAUCAAGAAAAUCCUGAGAAUUUGUCAUAAAAAAUUAGAUUAGAAUCGUUGACUGGUCUGCCUCUGAAUGGAUGAUGACCAGUGUCCAGAUGUAGUAUGGCUGAACAGAGCCUAACAAUGACCACUAGUACUGAAGAAGAUGGUGCAAAGUCGGUUGAUGUUGCCAACACUCGCAAAAGAAAACGCUUAAGCGCUGUUGUGGACAAACUCGCUACUCAAAUCGAGAAGAGAAAUACUGAGGGCAUUCCUGAAGAGACAAUUUCAAGCAGUCAAGAAAGAACAGUUGAAGAAAAACCGCAAGAGGAGAAAUUUUGUUUGGUGCCUGCUAGACAUAUUAAAGUCCCUAAAGCACCUCAGAAGCAACUUUCAGUUGAUUCUGAUAUCAGUUUAACAGCUCAAGCAAAACUUGAUUUGGGAGAGGUAGAAGAAGACUUAUCUGAGCAUAUAGAUACAGUUCCAGUUAGCAUGCCUCCAACUAUAGAACACAUUUUCGAAUCUCCGUCUUUCGAGUCUCAAUCUCGCCAGAGAUCGCCACGAUCGCCUAUGUUUCGAGUACCAACUCCUGUCUAUUCAGACGUGUCAAUUCCUUUAGACAGUUCAUACCAUUACGACUCUAGCAGGAAGCCAUUGUUCCAGCGGACCUCUGAAGACACCGAUCUCGGAGAAAAGAUAGAUGAGAAAUCGCCUUCUUGCAUCUUCACUCCUCCAGCUUCAGGGGGCAGUCGCGAGGACAGUGAAUCUCGCUCCACGGAGCAAGAACUUCCACUCAGUCCAGGACCUGAAGGAGAGAGAACUGAUGAUCCGUUUCUUGGAGAUACAAUCUCCACUUUCAACCUUGAGGAAGGGGCACCUAAACAAUUUUUGUCACCUUAUCUACACCCUCCUCCUGUAACUACACCUCAAGGUGUACUUGGUAUGGUUGAUGGAGCAGUUCGGCCAAAGGUACCACUAGUUGAGAGUCCCAUUCCCACCUUCCCCAUCUGCAAUUGUCACCACUGCAAAACCCUAGCUGGGCGUACUAGUGGGAGAUUUGGACAUCAUUUGUCUUUUGGCUUGUCGUGGGAUGAACCAGGACACCAGGGGUCACUACUUGAGGCAGUAAAAAUGCUUCCUAGUUCACCUAUAUCACCUCUUACCCCCAUCUCACCAUUUACGUCUGGUUAUGAAACCUUUUUUCAGCCAAAAUAUUUACCAGAACUUUACCGUCGGCGAAGUCAUUCUGACAGUGACCUUCAGCAAUGGCUAGAAGGUAGCACAGAACAAAAGCAAUCUAUGAUGGCCCCUCCUCCGCACCUUCAAGAGGCAGUACACGGUACUGUGAUACGACAUGGUCGCCUUGUUCCGAAGCCAUUAAAAAUACCUAACAUACAGAAGAGCGGAAGCUUGGAAUCAGACCAAUCAACACCACAGGACUCGCCAUUAGACCUGUCGAUGAAGACACGCAGUCCAAGACCAAUGCUCAUACCAGAGAAGCCACUUGGCGGUGCUAUACCAGAAACCGUGUCGAAAACGUAUGUACCCUUGUCUCCCGGUACUUAUACUAGUGAACACGAGGUUAGUCCCCAUGGCUCUCAUUCUUUUACCAUGUUUGACAUGACACACCCAGUUAGUGCUGGAGUAGGAACUCGGGGGUUUCUUACUCUCAAGACAGAGUUAGGGUCACACUUUGGUACGCCAACGUCUCCAGUGGUUACAGAAAGUGGUCUGUUAAGACGAGAUAGUCCAGUAGUGAGAUACAAUUUAGAGGUAGAGGGAGCUACAGGUCAAGAAGUUGCAUACGUGUGUCCCAUUUGUAGUCAGAUGUUUUCGCUACAUGACAGACUAGCCAAACAUAUAGCGUCGAGGCACCGAAGUAGGCAGAACGAAACCGUUUCGAAAACCUACGCAUGUGAGGUUUGUAAGCGCUCUUUUGCUCGAAGUGACAUGCUUACCCGCCACAUGCGGCUACACACGGGAGUGAAACCCUACACUUGCAGGGUGUGUGGCCAGGUUUUCAGCAGAAGUGACCACCUGAGUACACAUCAGCGUACCCACACAGGAGAGAAACCGUAUAAAUGUCCACAGUGUCCCUACGCUGCUUGCAGAAGGGACAUGAUUACGCGCCACAUGAGAACGCAUGCGCGCUACGAGCUUCCAGACAGCAGCUCUAGCGUUGAAGAUGUCAGUGAAUCACCUCGAGAAAAAUCACCCAGAGAGAAAGUGAUCGUAGAAGAGUUUGGGUCAUCUUCACCCACGCAGAAGAUGAGUGCCUUAACCGUUAGGAGUCCAACGACGCCAUCUAGUGGGUCCCCUGGAAAAGAAUGACCACAGACGUAUGUUUAGGUACACGAAAUUCUUGAAUUGCUGAUAACAAGAUGCUGUUAGAUAUACGUCAUUCAUUACUUCAUGUGAACGACGAUAUCGACCACGUGGUUUUUGGUGUUUCAGCCACCUGUUCCUCCCCCUUUCCAUGAAUUGUUUCACUUUUUGUCGGAUGAGAAUCUGUGUAUCACUCUCGCGCGUAAUGACAUCACCAGUCCUCUUGUAAAAAUGUCCGAGCAGUUCUAACACAUUAUCUCUGUGGUUCUAGAGCUUCUGAUUGUCUAAUUGUUCAGAUUGUUCCAGUUGAGUUGAGUUUCGAUGCUGGCGAGCGGACACGUUAAUGUGUGAUGUACUUUUAUCUCUGGAUGAGCUUUAGAAUGAAGUCUGACUAUCUGGUCUAUCGUGAUACUGAUAAAAUAUGAGAUUUUCUUGAUCGAAUAUAGAAAUGAUGUGACUGUAUUCUUUAUAGAGGACUUCUAUCAUGGUGUUUUAAGGUGUAGUGCUGUAAAUAUCGAUUUAUAAAUGGUAAAAUGCCACAAAUCGACAAUAUUUAAUAACUAGAGUCACUAAUUCUUGGAUUUUUAUACAUAAAGCGACUCCUGGUGUUUUUCACCAACUCCACUCGUAUCCUACCAGGAAAAACAAUGGAAAUUACAACAAGUUCCGGUUACAUCUCAACAGGAAAAAAUAAUAGAAGCGACCAGCAGCACCAGUUGUAUUCCAAGAAAAAAAAGCGGAAAUGACCACUAUAAGCUCCAGUUGCAUACAAAAGGAAAAAAAUAACGCAUAAAUGAAAUGAACAGUUUCCAGGAACAAUUUUCGUAAUAAAAAUCGAAAUAUAAAAUCUACGAUUCCUUUAAGCUCAAAACUGAUGGAUUCACACAGUUCGUAAAGCAACGUGUAUGUUUCCACACUAUGUGAAUUUUAAACCUUUUACGUUACCAGUCAAAUAGUUUUUUUUUUCUAAUUUAGUAGUUUGAUGAAAAUUGUACACUAUUCUGCAUAAAUAUAUAUAUAUUUUUUACUUAUGAUUAGUAAAACGUUGUUUAAAAAAUCUUGUACUUUUAAAAGGCAUUGAAAUAUUGACGUAGAGUCGGUUAAAAAAAACUCUAUUGCUUAUUUCGUCAUGCAUCCCAGUUUUGCACUAGUCGUUGCCUCGGCAACUAUGAUAAUUAGGCUACUUUUUUAUAAUACUCAACUCAUUAAAAAAUUGACGAGAUUCCGAUAACCCCGUGAACAGCUGAUAUCGGACGCUUGUUUCAGUGAGGAUAUGUAAAAAUAGUUGUGUAGAUAUAUAUAUAUAUAUAAGUAGAAUCUUGUUUUUACCAUUAUCAGAAUUAUUGUCAUUGGUCACCGUUUGCUCACUUUUUUCGUUUGUUUAUUUUACUUGUGACAUUUUAUGUUUGGCAGCUGACUUGUGCCAAACACUUCUGCACCGUAGUACAGUUAAUUGAUAUUUUUGUUUCUUUGUGAGUUUAGUGUGCUCAUCUGGUGCUCAAGUUCUUUGUAAAUAUCAUUGUAAACACUAACUUUAAAAGAAUGCCCAUUAAUGGGUCAUUUUUUUCUUCUGCUUAUUCUGUACAAUAUUUGGAGCCUUGUGGUCACAAGUGGGCUACGCUAGAAAAAAAAAACCUGUCAUAUGGAAUAUAGGAGAAACAGAAACCAGAACAUUUUCGUGUUUGAUGCACUCUUAAGAAUAUGAACUUUUCAUUGGCAAACAGAUCUUUCAAACACUAUAUAUAUAUAUAUAUUGUAGUUUCAGGAGAGAACUUUCAAACAGAAUGUAUGUAUAUGUAUAUAUUGUAGUUUCAGGAGAAAAACUUUCAAACAAUAUAUGUUAUAUGUCGUAGUUUCAGGAGAGAAUUUUAAACAAUAUAUAUAUAUAUUUUAGUUUCAAGGCAGAAUUUUCAAAUAGUGUACAGAAUUUCGCUAAAGGUGUACAGAUUGAGCAAUUGAUUAAAUUUCAAUGCGGAAGUUUUGAAUAGAUCUUUUAAGCUACAAGCAUCUUAUUUCCGAAAUUCGGCUUAAUACACGCAUGCGUAUCUCUCAUGUUCAAUUUCUGUAACAUACUGUAAUACUUACCAUGAAAGUUUAUUAUUGUCACAAACACAUAUACAUAUAAUCUUUGUUUUAAACUGACUGUGUGAAAGAACUUAAUACAGUUUUGCUGAAGUUUCCAGAAAAACAAAAGAACAUUCCUUAAACACUGGAACGUACUUUCUGACUCGUUUUCAAAUUAAGUUCUGGGUUUUUCACUUCUAGUCUAUAUAAGUUAAAGUGUAGGUCACCACAUUAUCACUGCUGAAGUGGAAAGGCACAUUUGCCAAACACGACAAACAAUUAACACAGAAACAAGUUUUUAAAGGCUUGAAAAAAAGUCACGUAUUAUGUGACGAAACUGACGAACUUUGCUUUCCCGGUAAAACAAGUGUAAUAAGUUUAUGUGACCCAUCACAGUGAAGAGCAAAUUUUUUUACAUUGUCGUAUUAAUUAAACGCCAUAUGGAAACAUUAAUUGUAAAUAUAUAAAUAUUUCCUACACCCUCUGUUUUGUUUCGAUGCAGUAAACGUUAUGUGCAUUUUGUUCAAUGACUUUACAUCUUACGAUCUCUUUCAAUUUGGAUACAUCUCGUUUGUCAGCUGAUUCACAACCCUAAUCGUCCGAUGAAAAAAAUAAAUGGACGAGACUGUUCAUAUGUUUACACAUUAAAAUAAUUAAUACUGAAGAAAGUACUAUACACCAUUAGAUAAGAACAUGUCUUCUUUUCAUACUUGUUUGUUUGAACGUUAAAAACUGUAUUUCAAGGUCAUGCUCCACUCAAUGUUUAAUUUUAUAGAAAAUUAAAUUUGAUUCAAUAAAUAUAACUUGUAGCUAGUUUAAUAUAUCAAACUUGUUGUUUCUUUGCGUGUGUGUGUGUGUGUGUUUUUUUUUUAUUAAAAUGCUAUGACAUAGUGUACUAUCCAAUAUUUAAAACUUAAAUAUUAAUAAUAAAUAAAUCAGAGUUUAUCUAAUUUACAACAGAAGCGACAUCUGUUGGAGAAGUCAGUGUCGUAGUAUCAAUUUGAAACGAAAAUUUGAACUUGAGUAGUUUUUAUUGUUGUCGUGAAAAGGUCAGACAUUGUUAAUAAAUGUGUUUUUAUGUAUUUCAAGUCAGCACGUUCAUUACUCUAAGUUUGUAGCUUUAAACUUAAAACUAAUUAAUGAUUGUUUCCUUAGGAACUUCUAAGCAUUUCGUAUGAUGGUCACUUGCUAUUGUGAAUAAUAUUGUGAUUUUGCAGACUUUAGAUAUUUGUUUAUUUAGUAAAUAUAUAAAUGUUUUAGGUAUAUAUAUACGUUGAUGUACUGAAUUUUGUAUGUCAUUGUAUAAAUAUUUGUUUGGUGUUUUUAAACUGUGAACAAUUACACUCACCCAUGAAUUGCUCAAUCUAAAUACUUCCUUUCUGUGUACAGUUAAACUAGGUUAAAACCUCAGAAGAUAAGUAAGCCUGUGAUUGAGUGCCCAUCCUCCACCUGUUGGUCUAUUCUCUGUUUGUCCCGAUAGGUGGAGCGUCACUGUGAUGAGAUCCUCUUUUGGUGGAUGUGAUGUUACUAUUGUUGAAUUUUUAAAAUUGUUGUAUAUCGAACAUCAUGGUUAAAAGAUACCACUGUCUUUUACUGUUGCUUUCCUUGAACCUUCUCCCAAUUUCAGUUAUCCGUUCCUACACUGGAUCAUUCCCCAGUUUGGAUAAUCCGUUCUUACACUGUACCCUUCCCUUAAUUUGGAUUGUCUGUUCGUUCACUGGCCCUUUCCCAUACUCGGAAUUAUCCGAAAGUACACUGUACUCAUCCCUCAAAAUGCAUGUCUAUUCUUACACAAGACUCUUCCCUCAAUGUGGAUUAUCCGUUCGUACAUUUAAACGAGGUGUGAUACAGUUCGCCUGAAAUAUUUUAGUAUGUAAUGUAGAUUUUUUGCACAAAAAUAAUAGAACGUUCACGAUUUUCUUCGUAUUUUGUACAUGUAUUUUGUCUUUCAUUUAAAGAGAUAUAUAUAUACAUAUAUCGACAAUGGGAAUAAAACUUUUGAAACUAUUAAA